ACAAAUUUUGCUGUUCAUUUCCCUCAUGCAGGGGUGUUAGAGGCGGAGCCCAAAUUCCAAAGGGAUGAAUUUUCUCCAACGUCACUGGGUCGGACAACAGGUUCUUGUUGAUUCUCAUCGAAGUGCCCCUCUCGUCCAUUUUGUUGCUUUACCUACAUAAUUGAAUUGAUGUUUGACAACGAUCGAUUUGGGUUUGAUUGUGGAUGUCUAUAUCCACGAUAGAAAAUCGAUACAACCAACCAGAUGAGAAAAUGCUGAAGUUGUAGACGCUGAGAAAACUUGGAACGUCACCGAGAUGCAUAGCUGAUAGCUAGCGAAGCUAUAUGUCGCUAGCCUGAGAACUUCCUUGGAAAACUUUUCUGGCGAAAGUCACGUAGUUCUUCAGUGCAACAGGAAUUAGGAAGAUUUCCUGGGAGCCGCGCGAUCAAAGAUCUUUUUCGUCUGGGAAAAGCAGAAGAAACUUAACCGCCAAGAUGAUGCCGAUGUUUUUGACCGUGUACCUCAGCAACAAUGACCAACACUUCACAGAGGUGCCCAUCACUCCUGACACUAUGUGUCGUGAUGUGGUCGAGCUAUGCAAGGAGCCGGGCGAAGUAGACUGCCACCUGGCAGAGAUGUGGCGUGGAUCAGAGCGUCCCGUGGCUGAGGGAGAGAGGAUGCUGGAUGUGCUGCAGUCCUGGGGUCAACAGAGGGCUGAGGUGCGCUUCCUCCUGCGCCACAACCGAGCACCCAGCUACAGCUCAGGGAGUUCUAGAAGCUCUGAGCACAAGAGGAAUGGAAUGAAGGGUUCAUUGGACAGAAGGAUGGAUAAUGGGGUGACUGCUCCACGCAUGGACAUGACUUUGGCAGAGCUGCAGGAGAUGGCAGCUAGGCAGCAGCAGCAGAUCGAUGCUCAGCAGCAGCUCCUGGCCUCCAGGGAGCAACGUCUGCGCUACCUGAAGCAGCAGGAUCAACGGCAGCAGCAGCAGGUCCUGGAGCAGGAGAAGCUCCAGAAGCUGAGGGAGAACGUGGAGAAGCAGGAGGGCCGCCUGAAGAAGGUGCGCGCCCUCAAGGGCCAGGUGGAGCAGAAGCGCCUCAGCAACGGGAAGCUGGUGGAAGAGAUUGAGCAGAUGAACAGCCUGUUCCAGGUGAAACAACGAGAGCUGGUGAUGGCUGUCUCCAAGGUUGAGGAGCUCAGCAGGCAGCUUGAGAUCCUCAAGAACGGCAAGAUGGACACCUUCCACAACAACCAGAGCUCCGUCGCCGAGCUGGACAGCCUAUACAAAGAGUUGCAGCUAAGAAACAAGUUGAACCAAGAGCAGAAUGCCAGGCUGCAGCAGCAGCGCGAGAACCUCAACAAGCGCAAUCAAGAGGUGGCCGCCAUGGACAAGCGAGUGAGCGAGCUCCGAGAACGUCUCUGGAAGAAGAAAGCAGCUCUCCAACAGAAAGAAAACCUUCCCAGUGUACGAACAUUCCAUCAGAGCUUUCCACCAUUGUUUUCUAUGGGGACCAAAAGUCACAAAAAAGAGGUGUCCACGGAUGUUCAGCAGCCGGCCCCUGGGUCUCGCGUGGCAGCAGUGGGUCCCUACAUUCAGUCCGCCACGAUGCCCCGAGGACACGGCCGACAUGAUAUCCUCGUGAAGCCCGCUUACUUGGACGGCUCUUCCACCCUGCCACUACCUGACGGGCUCACUCCAGAGCUCAAGUCCACAGGUGUCCAGCCACCAAAGAUGGGCUAUCCGUCAGACCCCAGUAGUGCGAGGACAACCUCCCCCCUCCCCAGGACCAAUACCCACAGCACAGAAGAGCAGGAAGACAGCGAGGUACAGAAGCGAGGUGGACAGGACAGGAAGGUGCGACCUUUCUCAAUGUUUGAAUCCACUGAGGUACCUGCCACUGAUAUGCCCUCCGCCUCCCUCCGCAAAAACCAGAGCAGCGAGGAUCUGAUGAGGGAUGGGCAGCAGGUGCCUGGAAGGGUGGUGAAGAUUCCUCCUCCGGUUCCCAACAAACCCAGACAAGUCAACCUUCCUCCCGGCGCCCAGGCGUUGUACGGCAAGCAGGUCUACCAUGCCAACACGUUACCCAGCAAAGGUCACAGCCAGUCAGCGCCUCCUGGUCCACCUGUUCCAGCCGCAGCCUCCCAGAGCAACACCCUUCCCCUGCCCUCAAAGCAGGACCCCCCGCCAGCCGCCACCGUUCGCCCCUUCACCCCAGAGCUCCCAACCCUCCCGAAGCCACAGUCUGGAGCUGCCAGUUACAUCUAUAAGAUGUACAUCGGCGAAGCGGCCCAGCCGGGGGUACAGGGGGCAUUGGCGCGCUCACAGGGCCGCAACAACAGCAACAGCUUUGUCAGUAUGUAUGGAAAGCCGGUCAUCUCCGGAGGGUCCCAGACGUCUCCGUUCCAGCACCUAGAAAACCCUUACCUGGAUCGGCCAGGUGGCGUCAGCCCCUCAGAGGUGGAUCACGGCUCCUCUCAACCAGCCCCGACCGCAGGGGCCCCAGAGGGUGGCCAGGAAACGGAACGUAUCCCGCGACCCCUCAGCCCCACCAAGCUCUUACCCUUCAUCUCCAACCCGUACCGCCACCAGAGCGACGUGGACCUGGAGGCCCUGCGCAAGAAGCUCUACAACGCUCCGCGGCCCCUGAAGAAACGCAGCUCCAUCACCGAGCCGGAGGGGCCCGCCGGCCCCAACAUCCAGAAACUGCUCUACCAAAAAACCACGCUGGCCGCCAUGGAGACCACGGUGGCCGAGCCCUCAGGUUACCCGCCGCCAGGUGUCGUAGUGGAAGAGGGUAGAGAGGGCUCCGCGGUCGUGCCUCCAGCGUCAUCCGUGGUGGAGCUGUCUCCCCUAGACGGCGGUGGCACGAACGUGCUUCCAGAGGCCUCGCUGGAGCCACCCCCACCUGUAGUGUUGCUGUCGUCAUCCUCCGUUAUUCCCGAGGCCGAAGUGGAAGACUUUGUGCCCCCGCCUCCUCCGGCUCAUCCGGCACCACGUCCAGACAUUUCCCUGCUUCCUCUGACGCCUUCGCAGGUCAUGCAGGAGCAGCCGUCCCCUCUGCAGCCUCAACCUCCAUCGUCUGAAGGCUUCCUGGAGGAGUUCCCCCCGUACCCGCCGCCCCCCUACCCCAGCGGCGCUGGUAUGGGGCAGGACCAGGAAGGCCUGGGGACGGAGAUCAGCAUGGAGCCACCAGAGGUCACCGGCCAGGUUACCCUGCCUCCUGGUAAAAGGACAAACUUACGGAAAGCUGGAUCAGAGCGUAUUGACCACAACAUGAGGGUGAAGUUCAACCCGCUGGCUCUUCUGCUGGACUCUUCUCUAGAGGGCGAGUUUGACUUGGUCCAAAGAAUCAUCUAUGAGGUUGAGGACCCCAGUCAGCCCAACGAUGAAGGGAUCACUGCUCUUCAUAACGCAGUCUGUGCUGGCCACACAGAGAUAGUCAAGUUCUUGGUACAGUUUGGUGUUAAUGUGAACGCAGCUGACAGUGAUGGUUGGACGCCCCUACACUGUGCAGCGUCUUGUAACAAUGUCCAAGUUUGUAAGUUCUUGGUGGAGUCUGGGGCUGCUGUGUUUGCCAUGACCUACAGUGACAUGCAAACUGCUGCUGACAAAUGUGAAGAGAUGGAGGAGGGUUAUACGCAGUGCUCCCAGUUUCUCUAUGGUGUCCAGGAGAAGAUGGGCAUCAUGAACAGAGGCGUGGUCUACGGUCUCUGGGACUACGACCAGGAGAGCAGCGACGAGCUCCACUUCCUGGAGGGCGACUGCAUGACUGUAGUGCGCCGUGAGGACGAGGACGAAGUGGAAUGGUGGUGGGCUCGAAUCGGCAACACAGAGGGCUACGUACCCCGUAACCUACUGGGAUUAUAUCCCAGAAUAAAGCCACGGCAGAGGAGUCUCGCCUAAAAGAUGUGAACACUACCAGUAAAACAACAGGCCUAAGUUGUUGCUGAGGAUUCUGUUAGGCCGCUGAAGGAUUCUAUCUGUGCAUCGACAUUCUGAGGACACUGUUCCGUCACAGUAUAGUGAUACCAAAAUAUAUGAAGGAUUUCCAUUUGAAAAAAUAUAUCUAUCACUCUUUUGUAAUCACUGACUCUUUGGUCUCAUCCAAAGCAUUUUAUACACGACAAAUCAAGGCAGUUUUUGAAAAAAAAUGUAUCAUUGAUUUCUUUGCAUUCUGGAAAUGUCUGUCAUUUAUUAGAGCUGAUCACAAGUUACAAAAAAGAAAAUCUGUAUAAUCACACAAACGUAUUGUGCCGAAUUGAUUAACAAGUGGCCUCCUUCACGCUUUGUCACAUUCAUAUCAGCACACUAGUUAUGUGCCUUCGCUGUGUGCACAUUGUACUUAGAAAAGAGCUUUGAGUGUAUGUCUAUCAUGAUGGAUAGACAAAAAAAUGUACUCGCCUGAUCAGUGACUUGUUGACAGUUAUGGACAGGGAUUGGUGAAAGAUUAGAUUUUUCUUGGUACAUAAUUCAAUGUGUCUUUAAGGACUUAAAUCUGUACUUUUUCUAGGUCACUUAUAUAGCAUUUCUUUCACAAGUAUGGAUUUAUUUUUGUCACAUUCCUUAUGUAUGAUCUUAGUAUUUGAUAUUAAAAAAAAGAAAGUUCUGUUCCAGA